GCCACCCAAAAACUUUAUAUCUCUUUUCUUCAUCUCUCUCUCUCUCUCUCUCUCUCUCUCAUACCGAAAGAUAUGGAGACUCCAAGGACUUCCCACACACCGCAGUCAUUCCUUCAGCCCCCUACUUACGGAAACCUAAUCACUGUUCUUAGCAUUGAUGGAGGCGGAAUAAGAGGGAUUAUCCCUGGAAUAAUACUCGCCUUCCUCGAGUCCGAGCUACAGAAAUUGGACGGUGAGGAGGCAAGAAUCUCGGACUAUUUUGAUAUAAUUGCUGGAACAAGCACCGGAGGGCUUGUGACUGCCAUGCUCACUGCACCAGAUGAAAAUAACCGUCCAUUGUUUGAUGCUAAAGGCAUCAAAGACUUCUAUCUUGAACACUGCCCUAACAUAUUCCCUCAGACUUGGCACCCUUGUCCUCUGGCAAAAGCCCUGUCAGGACCCAAAUAUGAUGGUCAGUAUCUGCACCGUCUCGUGCGGGAAAAGCUUAGAACCACCAAGUUACACCAGACACUGACAAACAUUGCAAUUCCAACUUUCGACAUAAAGAGGCUCCAGCCGAUCAUCUUCUCCACCUACGAGGUGAAGGAUAAGCCUUGCAUGGAUGCCUUGCUUUCUGAUAUAUGCAUUUCAACCUCAGCAGCGCCAACUUAUCUUCCCGCUCAUUCCUUCAAAACCAAGGACCCAGAUGGAAAAGAGAAGGAAUUUGACCUAAUUGAUGGCGGCGUUGCUGCAAAUAAUCCGACUUUGGUUGCUAUCAGAGAGGUGACGAAGGAGGUCAUGAGGGGAAGUUCAGACUAUUUCGCCAUAGAUUAUGGUCGGCUUCUAGUUAUAUCGUUAGGGACCGGGUCACACAAGGUUGAGGAGAAGUUUAAUGCAGAUACAGCUGCCAAAUGGGGCCUACUGGGAUGGUUGCACAAUUGUGGAACUACCCCCAUAGUGGACGUGUUUAGCCAAGCCAGCUCUGAUAUGGUGGACUACCACCUUAAUGUGAUGUUUCAAGCCCGCCACUCAGAGAAGAAUUAUCUUCGGAUUCAGGAUGACACUUUAACUGGGCAUGUAUCAUCUGUAGAUAAGGCGACCAAGGAGAAUAUGAAUGAACUUGUCAAAGUUGGUGAAAGAUUGUUGGAGAAACCGGUUUCUAGGAUAAACCUUGAGACCGGUCUAGUGGAGCCCUGCGAUAAGGAGACUAAUGAAGAAGCUCUCCGAAGAUUUGCGAAAAUACUCUCUGAUGAGAAGCGGGUACGAGACAUAGGAUUGCCGCACCCUUUUGUGGCUGCAAACCGGAUGAAGAAUCAAGAACCUCGGCUUAUAGUUCCUCAUUAG